AUGACCAAGGCCGGUAACAAGGGCGGGAAUCUCCGCGAAAAGCUGGACGGCAACGAGCUGGACCUGAGCCUCAGCGACCUGAACGAGGUCCCGGUCAAGGAGCUGGCUGCCCUUCCGAAGGCCACCAUCCUGGAUCUGUCCUGCAAUAAACUGACUACUCUCCCGUCGGAUUUCUGCAGCCUCGUCCACCUGGUGAAGCUGGACCUGAGUAAGAACAAACUGCAGCAACUGCCAGCCGACUUUGGCCGUCUGGUCAACCUCCAGCACCUGGAUCUCCUCAAAAACAGACUGGUCACCCUGCCUGUCAGCUUUGCUCAGCUCAAGAGCCUGAAGUGGCUGGACCUGAAGGACAACCCCCUGGAUCCUGUCCUGGCCAAAGUGGCAGGGGAUUGCCUGGAUGAGAAGCAGUGUAAGCAGUGUGCCAACAAGGUUUUACAGCACAUGAAGGUCGUGCAGGCGGAUCAGGAGCGAGAGAGGCAGCGGCGGCAGGAAGUAGAGCGCGAGGCGGAGAAGAAGCGGGAGGCCAAGCAGCGAGCCAAGGAGGAGAAGGAGCGGGAGGUGCGGAAGCGGGAGAAGGCGGAGGAGAAGGAGCGCCGGAGGAAGGAGUACGAUGCCCUCAAAGCAUCCAAACGGGAGCCAGAGAAGAAACCCAAGAAGGAAACAAAUCAGGCAUCGAAAUCCAAGUCCGGCUCUCGGUCCCGGAAGCAGCAAUCCCGGAAGCACACCCGGUCCUGGGUGGUGCUGAAGCUGCUGCUGCUGCUGCUGCUGUGCGUGGCGGGCGGGCUGGUGGUGUGCCGGGUGACGGAGCUGCAGCAGCAGCCCCUCUGCACCAGCGUGAACACCAUCUACGACAAUGCCAUUCGGGGCCUGCGCAGCCACCACAUCCUCCAGUGGGUCCUGCAGACCGACCCUCAGCAGUGA